AUACAGAGCUUUGAGCCGGGGUUUUCCUGUGCGAGAAUAACAUCAAACCAGGUGUUAGUUUUGACACUCUUGAGUAUCAGUUCAAAAUCCCUUACACCGAGAGAGCAAGUUAAAAAAUCUUUGGAAGAAAACAUUUCAUAGGAUUACCUGGUAAUUCAAAGUUUGAUGCUCUUUUAUUAUUCUAAUUUUAUCAAUGUAAUGAUUCCGAAGUAACUCCCCCGCUGCUGUAGCUCCACACACUGUCUCCACUCACCGCUACAACUCUUCCAUUUCGACGAAGCGCUUUCUCAGGAACAAGACUUUCGCUCAAGCCCUGGAUUUGCCAARCGUAUGUGACUCUUGUAAACAUCUUCGACGCUAAAAAAAAGAGGACGAAAAGAAAAAAGAAAGAAAAUAGAGAAAACUGAAAAGGAAGAUAAGAAAAGUUCCAAAAAUGCACAACGCCAGUGUGGCUACCACUCCAACUAUGAAGAAGCUUGUGACACAAAAAAAUGGAGAAAAAGAGGCAACUACUGUUUCGAAAACUAUAUCAUCGUCUACGAAGAACGUUACAUCGUCUAAAGUAGUUACGAAGACUACAUCAAUAACUAAAACAUCAGGAAAAAAAGUGCAGCAGUUCAAAACAUCAGAAUCUUCAAAAUUGUUUUCAGACGAAUCAUGGUCUUCAGCAAUCCACGAAGGAACAUUUGGAUCUACGCUACAGCAACAGAAAACUCUUAAAUUUGAAAGCUCAUCCGAAAAGCAAGAACUCACAGAUUUUAAAAAGAGUGAUAUUCAUUUCGAUGAUCAGCGCGCGCUGCAUUUAAAGCAGGGAGCACGACCUAAAACCACAUCAUCAAGUCUAAUGCGUUCACCAGGGAUUAAUACUAAAUUAGAGUCAAGCUUUGAGCUUCACCCAGAUAUUCAUAUCCCGACUUCCCUACGACAUCCAUCGCCAACAGCGUUUAAAAUCAAGGAGCCCGUCUGGCAAGAGGGCUUCUCCUUAUUUCCGGAAUAUUUCCCAGAUGUAUGUUCAGCGCAGAGUAUGAGAGAAAGGUUUCAACGGUCAGUAAACGACGCCGUCCCUGUUCCUGUCAAAGAAACGAAACUACUUUCUUGUUCCACGAAACAAUAUUCAUGGGAAAAAUUAGACGGAGAUGAGGAAUCCGAGGCACAAAAGAUUGCUAAUUCUUGGCUGCAAAUCUUUGGGGAAAAUGAGCCUCGGAAAGCGAACAAGGACAUYGAUAGAAAGGCAAUCAAGAAUUCAUAGGAAUCAGGGAAUAUCUUCUUAAUUUACUUGUAAAUGUGCGGGAAAAAGUUAACUGGAAUAGAAAAUGGAAUUGAAUUUUAAUGCGGCAUUUAAAGAAUAACUUCGUGGUAAAAUGGGAGUCAUCAGACGACGAUAGCGCAGUCUUCACGACGGGGUAUUUUUGGCGGUCUAUAAACGUGAAAUGCAACAUGCUGCGGGUACAUCAUUCGUGCAAUAACCCACAYCAAUUUUCUACAAAAUAUUGACACAAAUGCGUUGAGAGAGAAUGUCUAGAUGUAAAUACGUUCGCUAAUAAUACGGACUGAAGGUUUUUAUUGUGAUUUAAUCAGAGUAAAACAAAAACUUUAUUGGAGUCGUUACGCUGACUUCCUACUUAGGAAAGACUCAUUUAUCACAAACCAAACCCCGAAUAAUUAUUUUMGAGAGUAAUUUUCAUCCUCGAUUCAUUUUUUUCUUGAUCCUAAUUCUCCGUCAUGAAGUCUACAGAACGCAAACUGUCUUUGUCUUACUAAUAAAUCUUACUAAUCCUAUACAAGCUUGAGCGAUCACAUCUUCGCUUAGCAUUCAUAUCAUAGUGAUAACGUUUAAACCGAAAUCAAAAAGCAAAAAAUAGGCUUUCAUUUCUGGGCGCUUAAUUGUUUUUUCCCCCCCCGAUAACUUAACCGUAAUUAAACACGGCUACUAAAUCUGUAGUCGGCAAAUAA